GAAACUUGGUUUAUUUUGAAACUGUGUUCCUAAACGAACGACAUGACAUUUUGUGCCGCGAAGCUCAUUCAAGGACAACUUUGUUUUGAAGUGAAGUGAAGAACUCGUAUUACUUUACAUCUAAAAGUGUUAACGGGAUUUACAAUCGCAGUUACAAAACCACUGAAGUUUAGAAAAUGAGAACCAGCCACCCACAAUACACAAUUAUGGUGGAAUUCAUGGAAAAGCAUGGAGACUUGUCUAAACCCAGCGGAGGCCCUCGUGGUAGACACUAUGUACAGCUAAAAUGGAAGGAGCUUUCGGAUAUGCUCAAUAGUGAUGGCACAGGCGACUCUAGAACAGAGGAAAAGUGGCGAAAGGUUGAUGUUGAGGAGGAAGAGAGCUUGACAGGUACUCAUCUACAAGAAACAAAAACAAUAAGUGAAGUUAUUGUUGAUGACAUACCUAUAAAACUAACACCCGUUGCUGACGGUUGGUAUAUUUUUAAUUUAAAUACUUUAGAUUACCUUUUGUGUUUGAAAUAA